AUGUUGACUAAUAGUAGCACAGACUACAUUCUCGAAAAUACUUUAAAAGAAAUCUUAUCUGAUAUGCUUCAAUUACUUGAAUAGAAUAUAAGAUCAGAAGAGGAGUUGCACCACAUAUAAGAAUAACUGUAGGAUUAUGAGAAUUUGCAUCAGUUAGCAGAAACGAUGAAGUUUAUCUUCUAAGCAUUAAAAAAGAAAUUUAAAGAGAAUAAUUAUUAGUAGAAAUUUUUCAAAUGUGAACCAAAAUCCCAAAAUUAUGAAAAAUUAGAAUAGGCAGUUCAAAAAUAUGAAUAGGAAAUAAGAAUACACAUUAGAGCUUAACAUGAGAUGAAAAUAUUCAUUGAAACAAUUUAAUAACAAUUAGAAGAAUCAGAAUAAAUAAGAAAAGAGUAUCUUAAAGAAACAACCUAAAUAAUUUAGAAAUUAAAAAAAGAGAAUUAUAAUUUGAUCCAAUAAUUGAAGUAUUAUACUUAAACCAAUAAAUAAUAAACUGCAUUGAAUUCCAGGAGGGAUAGCGCAUAAACUAUAAAUUAAACCUUAUAAAAAUAACCAUCUAAAUCUAAUCAUUUAGGUAAUGAAUCAGGGAAAUAAGAUUAACACAAUAAUAGCUAAAUAAUGAAACUGUAAUAGACAUAAAACAAUAGUUUGAACGAAUUAUUAAAAAAUAAAGAGUCUUAAAAAUCGUUGACUUAGAGACCCCUUAUAUCAAAUUUUAGUCGAAAUAAAAGCUAUUCUGUAGGAAUAAGCAAAUAAAACUUAAUAAAUAGCAGUUUAAUUUAAAAAUUGAUAUUGGAAUAAGCAUCAAAAAGAAAGAGUUUGCAUGCGGACAGUCAUCGAUCAAAAGGAUGCUUAGAUUAACAGAAAUUAUCUAACAAUUGA